AUGCUACUGCACGGGGCCCAAUCUCCCUCCCACGCGCUGGAGGCGGAUCAGCACCAGCAUCCGCAUCCGCAGGCGAGGCAGCUAAGGCGCAAACGAAAAGCUGAGUCCCAAGACAACGAACGUUUGUCCAAAAGGCUCAGUCUUUUGAAUUUAGAGAAGAAUGGCCAGAAGCUCUAUGUGCCCGUGGAGGAGCCGACUCCGUCUUCAAACAUCCCAACCCCCGCAGACUCGUCGUCAGCCUCCACAUCUCCCACCACCCGUCGCCGACGUCGUGAUCGCAAACCGUCCGUCGAUGAAGAAGUGAUGCAGCUCGACGACUCCAAGCACAAGGUCUACAUCUACAAUAUUGACGAUGAACUGUCUUCCUCCGAGAGCGAACCCGACGAGGGCAAGCUGGUCUUCCUCCCUGACAUUGAGAAGCACCUCCGCCAGACGCGCAUUCCUCCCUCCAUUUUCGCCAACGACGAAGGCCAGCUUGCUGGCAUGCAGGUAGUCCUCUACAACGAGCCCGCAUCCUUGACGGUGCCUCGUGAGCAGGACAGCGUUCGCAAGGCCAUCGUCGAGUCACGCGCCCGCAUGCGCGAGAGGCAACGUCUCGAGCGCGAGGGCAGAGGCGCCCCAGUGCAGAUGCCUCCGCCCUUCGUCUCUCAGCAACCCGUAGACGCCAUCAUUCCGGACCCCCAAACUCCGACCGGGAUGUCGGUACCUGUAGACUACGAUCCCGACGCCAUGGAUAUGGAUUAG